CAGAGUUCACACUACCAAUACGACGCCGUUGGUACCAAAGAGGCCGUUAAUACAGUUGGAACCCGGAACGACAGAGCAGCUCUUCGUCUCCGUUGUUUGCUUGCUUUUAUGGAUGAAAUCUCAAUGGAUCUUCCACGGCCUGAGCUCCCAUCUUCCCCCUUGGGCUUCAUCUCUCGUCCCCAAGAACUCCAAGCGCUUCGUCCUCCAUCACUCCGACAUCAGCCGGCUCCUGUCCAUCUGCGGCCGGGACGGCUACUCCCACCUGGGUUCUUCCCUUCACGCCUCCAUUAUCAAGGCCCAUGAGUUCUACGGCUCCUCCGAGGAUCCUCGAGUACUCCAGAAUUCCCAGUUUGUCUGGAACUCUCUCCUCUCCAUGUACACCAAGUGCGGGGACACGCGGGGCGCGUUCAGGCUGUUUGAUGAAAUGCCCCUCCGGGACACUGUCUCUUGGAACACCCUCAUUUCUGGGUGCUUGACUGAUGGACAGCUUGUUGGAGGUCUCGGGCUUUUUAGAAGAAUGCAGGAGAUGGGAAUCUGUUGGAUCGAUAAGGCGACCCUUACGACAAUCCUAUCGGGGUGUGACAGGCCUCAGUACUGUUAUGUGACUGAGAUGAUGCAUGGGAUAGUUGUCAGGGGUGGCUAUGACAGGGAGAUACCGGUCGGAAAUGCUCUCAUAACGUCCUACUUCAGGUGUGGGUCUUCUGAUUCGGGAAUGCGGGUUUUCAACAGGAUGUAUGAACGGAAUGUCAUUACAUGGACAGCGGUGGUCACGGGCCUUGUACAGGGCGAACUUUAUGAGGAUGGUCUGAAGUUGUUUGUAGAAAUGCGAAGAGGAGCAGCUGAACCAAACCUUUUUACAUACUUGAGCUCUAUCAUGGCCUGCUCGGGUUUGCAUGCAUUGAGGGCAGGGGACCAGAUCCAUGGGCUUGUGUGGAAAUCGGGUUUCCGAUCAGAUAUGCGCAUCGAGAGUGCAUUGAUGGAUAUGUACUCGAAAUGUGGCAGCUUAGACGAUGCAUGGAUUAUAUUUGAGUCUGCAGAAUUGUUAGAUGAGGUUUCCACGACUGUGAUUCUAGUCGGAUUCGCACAUAACGGGUUACAGGAAGAAGCUGUGCAAAUAUUUGUGAAGAUGUUAAGGGCGGGAAUCGAAGUUGACUCAAACGUGGUUUCUGCUGUUCUGGGAAUAUUUGGUGUUGAUACUUCUCUUGGUUUGGGUAAGCAAAUCCACUCUUUGGUCAUCAAAAGAAGCUUAGGUUUUGAGCCGUUUGUCGGGAACGGGCUGAUAAACAUGUACUCGAAGUGUGGAGAUCUACAGGACUCCGUCAAGGUUUUCAAUCGAAUGCCUCUGAAGAACUCCGUCUCAUGGAACUCCAUCAUUGCAGCUUUUGCCCGUCACGGAGACGGCUUAACGGCUCUGAAAUUGUACGAGCAAAUGAGAUUUCAAGAUGUAAAACCCACGGAUGUCACGUUCCUCUCUUUGCUUCAUGCUUGUAGCCACGUCGGGUUGGUGGAAAAGGGAAUGGAAUUCUUAGAUUCAAUGCGGAGAGACUUUGGGCUUGUUCCGAGGACGGAACACUAUGCUUGUGUUGUUGACAUGCUGGGCCGCGCUGGGCUUCUCGGUGAAGCGAAGAGAUUCAUAGAGGGAUUGCCUGUAAAGCCCGACAUUCUCAUCUGGCAAGCACUGCUAGGCGCUUGCAGCAUUCGGGGAGAUUCCAGGAUGGGAAAGUUCGCUUUUGAGCAGCUUGUAUUGGCUUCACCGGAGAAUCCAGUGCCUUAUGUUUUGAUGGCAAACAUAUUCUCAUCUGAGCGUAACUGGAGAGAGAGAGCGAGUGCUAUGAAGAGAAUGAAGGAGGUAGGCGUUGCGAAAGAGACAGGCAUCAGUUGGAUCGAGAUCGAGAAAAAGGUUCACAGCUUUGUUGUCUAUGAUAGGAUGCAUCCGCAGAGUGAGACCGUCAUCAGGGUAUCGAGGGAGUUGUUCCUUCUGAUGACGGAUGAAGGAUAUGUUCCUGACAAGAGGUUCAUUCUUUAUUAUUUGGAUCAAGUCAGAGAAACAGCGGGCAAUGUUUCUCCUUUAUAACUACCAAUACUCAGGACUUUAUUGCAGCCCUCUUGUAUUCUUCGGGACAGUGUCCGGCUUGUAUAUUUUGGGAGCGGUAUUGGAUAGUAA